AUGAACAAGCUUUGCAUGCUCACAUCGCUGGCGAUUGCAUCUGCGACGUGGGAACAGUUGGUUGCAACCAAUAUCCCAGUUGCCCGGCGGGGGCAUGCAGCGGUUUGGGAUGCAGUGGGAAGCCAAAUGCUAGUAUAUGGUGGAGAAAGCGGUCGACGCAGGACGACUCGCCGCAACGAGCUUUAUUCACUGGAUCCAGUGCAGGGGACCUGGACCGAGCUAUCCGCCAGCGGAAAUGUGGUCGAGGAGCACACCGCAGCGUGGGAUGCUGCAAGCCGAACCAUGUACAUUCACGGCGGGUCAUCCAGUUUUGUCUAUGACGAUUUGGAUGGGUAUGCCGUGGGCAGUGGCUGGACAGCAUACCAGGGCGGCUAUGCACGGAGGUUCGCAACGGCCGUGUGGAAUUCGGAGGAUGGAGAACUUUUAGUGUAUGGAGGAUGGACAUCUUCGUCAAGAACGGACACAUUGCUCGUCUACAGCUCUGGCACGAAUUCAUGGACGUCAACGAGCGGUGCUGCCGCAGGCCUCCGAUCCAGCCAUAUGGCUGUGUGGGAGGCGAGCACCAAAGUGAUGCUGGUUUUCGGCGGGUACGAUGGCUCAAGCGUGCUGUCGGACUUGUGGGGAUAUGCCCGUGAUGGAGAUUCGUGGAGUGAGCUUUUCCCAAGCGGCAGCUUGCCUGUUCGGCGGCACUCUGCGACAGCUGUGUGGGAUCAGCCGUCAAGGUUGAUGUUUGUUUUUGGCGGCAUGUCUGGCACUAGCUCAGGAUACCUUGAUGAUCUCUACUCCUACGACGCGGGCUCCGAUGCCUGGACUUUGCUGGACGCUGCCGGACCGACUCGGGCCUGGCACGCGGCGGUCUGGGCUGAGAGUCAGAUGAUCGUUUAUGGUGGCCAUGAUGGGUCGAGCUUCCUGGGCGACGUUUGGAUUUAUCGUCACAGUACCGUCACCACAACAUCCGAAUCCACAACCAGCACAAUCACGACAAGCAGCUCCACGACAAGCAGCUUCACCACAACGACCGGUACCUCUACAACCACGGUUACUUCUACUUCAUCGAGUGGCAGCACAACCUUGACCGCGACAGUGACUACCACAACAGCCAGCUCUACCAUGACGUCGUCAACCCUGACCACAACUACCACACGAUCCCAAACCACCACAACCACCACCCUAACAUUAACGUCUUCAGCCAGAACCACGUCCCUAACAACGACGAGUUCAAGUGCGACCACCUUGUCGACCACUUCGUCCAUUUCCAGCACUUCGACCCUCACCUCAACCACCGCAAGCAGCACAAGAACUGCCACCACUCUAUCCACCACGGGCACCCAGUCAACUUCCACCCCGUCGACCCAGACGACCACGACAUCACACUCUGUCACCACCACACGAACUCCCCAGCCGAACACCACCACGACUUCUUCCACACUCGUGCGGAAUGUGGUCGUCCCUCCACGCGUGGCUUUGAGCCCUCAUGGGCAGAUUGUGGUCCAAUCGCUUCAGAGCACCCUUUCGUUUGUUUCCCAGGGUGAAGACGUGUACAGGACCUCUACACUUUUCGGCAACGUUUCGGCAUGGAAGCUUCCAAAGGAAUCUCGUUACGCGUCUCAGACGGUGCUCGAAGCGGGCGAUGUCAAAGUCGUCUUGCCAGGGGCCUUGCUGCGCAGCUUCGGCGGAAACACCAUCAUGGUUGUCACGGAAGUCGCACCAGAGGAAACACACAAGUUUGCGCAAGUAACCACAGCUGGGGAGACGGUCUUGCUAAACUCUCCCGUGACGGAGCUGUCAUUCGCCAAUGAACGAAAUGGAGGCUUGACCCUGCUGGCCGUCAAUGGGACGGAGAGUAUCGUGUUCAUGCUUGCGAAUCGCCCGGCAUUGCCCGGUGAGAGGUGUGCGUUUUAUGACUUGGACCUGAACGCAUGGUCCGACGCUGGCACAGAGCUCCUCCCCAGCUUUGAGGUGGACGGAGAGAUCGUCAAUGCAUCCUGGUGCCAGACUACGCACACAUCACUGUUUGGGCUGGUGCAGGGUAUACCCUGGCGGACGGCAAUGGAGAUGGCGGAGCUGCGAGUGGAUGCGCAGAGCUAUAUGGCAGGGAUCGUCCUGGUCAUCGCUUUCCUUUGCUUGUGCUGCUCAUUGCUGUGCCCCUUCCUUAGCCGUCGCAUUCGCGCGCCGACCUCGGGCCACGUGACCCUGAAGAACCGUCAUGGAAAGGAACGCCGUGUGUUCUUCGAGCGCGAGGAAGCCGACCUGGAGGCGAAUCGGAUGGCGCAGAAGGUCCUGGUGAAGUGGCAGAUGGAGGAUCGGAGCACCAUGGAAGAUUUGAGCAACUUACGCGCAUCUUCUCGACAUGUGGUGGUGGACCUGAACCUACUUUCUCCUCUUCGCAAAGUGAGCUCCUUGGACUCGCGGGUUCGGUCGGUGCAGUCCGAUGCCGUCAGCCCAACACACACAGGUGCCCAUGCGGAACAAAGACAGGUUGACAAGAACGACAUCCAAGACGCAGACGAAAAACAGUCCUUGCGCUGUGAUGCAAUUCACAACUCAGCGGAUUCAGCUGAAGUAGUUUGCGCUGGCGUGGACGAUGGAUAUCCAGCGGAGGUCGAUGAUUUGGUCUCUGCUGGUUUGGACGACUUGUACCCGAUGGAGACCGAUUCCAUCGUGUCUGCAGGCUUGGAUGACGACUUGUCUGUCGUUCUAUCCCUCGCACCCAUCGAGGCCUAUCAAGACGGCGAAGGGGUUCUGUAUUUCUCCUCGACCCAUUCCUGCCUGGUGCCCGCGAGAAUCUUGGGUUCUGGCUUCUUCUUGACAGACGAUCCAGGUGAGCUGCCCUUAUACAGAUGCCGCGUGGGCACCGGCCAGAUGCGAGAGCAUGUUCCGCUGCGUGCCCUCCGCACCACUCUCGAAGCUGGUGACAAUGUCGAAAUGUAUUCUGCCAAGCACAAAGCCUGGAAGCCAGCGAUGGUCUUGAAGUCGCCGCCACUCCAACGUGCUCCCCAUCGGGCCAUGUUCCAGGUCAUGACUGACGACACCUUCGACCGUUUCGAAGUCCCCUUGAGCUCUUUGCGCCGACGCUUCGCGGCGGGCAUGGCCGUCGAGGUCUACCUUGGUCGCAGCACUGGCUGGAGUCCCGCGGUGGUGGUCAACACGGUGGUCGAAGUUCCGAUGACCACGGCCCUCUCGGAGCUCUCCAUGACGCACGUGGCCUCGGCAGCCUCCGUGGAGACCGGGGCCCUCAAAGACUUGGAUAGCAUGGUUCGCAUCGGUUUCCCCGACUCCGCCCAGGAAGUGGAGGUCCCAUCCUCUCAGUUGCGAAGCUGUCGUCAGACAAAGCUGUAG